CACAGGUUGACACGUUGUCGUACUUGUCUUGUGAUACUAUGUCUUUGGACUUCAACAUUUUUGUUUAUGUGGAAAUUUCUGGAUAAUGGGAGUCAGAUGCAGAAAUUCCAGCCCCCAAUUCCUAGACGUGUUUAUCCAAUUGAAUCAGGAAGACACAUACAUACAAAUUCAUCACCCACAAUUUCCAUGUUUGAUAUGGGAAUCAGUCAUGAGGACAUAGGAAUCAGUUAUGAUGAGUGGGAAAAUCUACAGGAAGCUCUGGACUGGCCGAGUCCAGAUGAAGAAAUCACUCAGCUGAAUCUGAGCACAAGUCCAGUCCACUCAACAUUCUCGAUUGUGGGACUCAAUGAGAGUUACAAAGUGGGAGAAAAGAUUCAUGUUACAAUCACAGCCAGAGAUCACAACAACAACCUGAAACCAUAUGGAGGGGAUUUUUUCCAAGCAAAGCUGUACAAUUCAAAGUUAAAGGCGAGUGUGUUUGGAGAGGUUGUGGAUCACCGUAACGGAACUUACUCCAUUGAUCUUCUUCUGCCAUGGAAAGGCCAGGCACAAGUGUCCGUGCGUCUAGUCCAUUCCAGUGAGGUUGUUCAAAUUCUUGAAAAAUACCUGGAGUCAUCAUUCCCACGCAGUCACUAUAAUGGCUACUUUGAAGGGCCAGGACCUAAAGGGAAAAGAAUCAGUGAAGUAGUAGAGUGUAAUCUUAAGUGGGGCCCAAACGGAAGUUGGAUUAAAGGCAACUGUUGCUGCGAGUAUAAGGAUGUAAAAACAGGGACGGUGUGGCAGUGUGAGAGACCAAAAACACUGUCCUGUGACAAGCUGGUGCACCACUCAAGAGGAUCUGUGGAAAACCCAUUAAAUCCCUUUGAGAAGAAACUUUUUACAAAGAAAUUAACAAAUGUUGCUCUAACUGGAGAUACGAAAAUCAUAAAUGUCCUUCCCAACACUACAGACAUUGGCUCAAUGGAGAGAUGUAGAUCUGGCCUGACAACACCGGUUCCUGCAGGGUUCUUUUUGCAUGAUGUCUGGAAGUCUUUGAUAUGUAACACUAAACGCUUCAGUCCUCCAGAAAUGGGAAACUGUCUCAAAAACAAAAUUGUCUACUUGAUGGGAGACUCCACCACGAGGCAGUGGUUUGAGUAUUUGGAACGAAAAGUGCCAGGCUUAAAGAGAAUGGACCUCCACACUCCUCGUACGGGUGGACCCCUGAUGGCUGUGGAGUUAAAAAAUAAUAUCAUUGUUCACUGGCAUCCACAUGGUAUACCUUUGCGAUUUACUAAAAUGCUAAUUACUGAUCUGCAUUACAUCAGCAAUGAUAUUGAUGAAAUAGCUGGUGGUCAUCAUGCAGUCACUGUCUUCACAAUCUUUGCCCACCUGGUGUUUCACCCACUAACAUUUUACGUCCAUGAAGUGGCCAAAAUUCGUCAGGCCGUUGUUGCACUACUGAGCCGUGCACCAGAUACUACUGUCAUCAUCAAGUCUGGCAACACAGCAGGACUAAAGGACAUUUUUCAAAGUGAUUGGUAUGCACUGCAGUUUAACACAGUGAUGAGAGAGAUGUUCAGAGAUAUUAAUGGAGUGAUCUACUUAGAUGUCUGGCAGAUGACUUCCUGUCACUAUCUACGUGAAAACAUUCACCCAGGUCCUGUUAUCAUUGCUAAUGAGGUCGACAUGUUACUCUCAUAUAUCUGCCCUACCUGAAACACCAGACACAAUAUUAUAAUGUGUGUUAAUAACUUGAUUCAUACAGUAUGAUGCAAAUUAAAAUUAGGAGACUUGAUCUGAGAGAAUUGGUGUAAUUUACUGUAUAAUCUCAAAGCGCAUUUGAAGUAAAUCUCUAUCAUCACUUUUUUAAUGAUCAUAUUUAUCUUCUUUAUUUACAAAACUUAACACCGUGACUUAUAAAACAUGUUUACUCUGUUUAACAAUGAAAUGUUAUAUCUUUGUUUCUGUCACUCUGACAUCUCUAAAAAGAUUGUCAUUAGUCUUAUGUGUUAUAAAUGUUUUUGUUUUUA